AUGGAUAACAUCUUUGGUUGUUAUUCCUAUUCGGAGCGUAAGAAGGUCCAAUAUGCGGCCGCCCAAUUAGCCGAGAAUGCCCUCACUUGGUGGGAUCGUGAGGUUACUGAGCGUCAGCGAGGCCAUUACGCUCAGGUCGAGACUUGGCGUGAGAUGAAGAAUCUCAUGAAAAAACGUUUUGUACCUCCUCAUUUCCAUCGAGAUUUACAAUGGAGGUAUAGGCGUCUAGCGCAAGGGUCUAGGUCGGUAGAAGAAUACUUUGAGGAAUUUGAGAGCAUUAGAAGCCGACUAGAGCUAGACGAGGACGAGGAAACGGUUAUGGCCCAGUUCUUAGACGGACUGCAGGAUAAGAUUGGCUGCAAGGGCGAACGCCAUCCGUACCAAGGCCUCCAGGAUCUCGUCCACCUAGCCGUGCAAAUCGAGCAACACGAAAGACGUAAGUCUUCUAGGCUGGGUAAACCCCGAGCAUACGCUUCCGGAACCUCUAGUACUCCGUCCAAACCCACAUCCUUUAGGAGAGAGGUCCCCGAGAGCCGAACCGUAUCGAGUUUCCGGGACAAAGGAAAGAAUCCGGAAACAUUGAGACCAAAACCACCACCCAAACCUCCAAAGGACACUAGAGCCCGUGAGAUCAUCUGUUACAAGUGUCGAGGACGAGGCCAUAUGGCCAAAGAUUGUCCGAACUCCUGUGUUAUGAUCAUAACGGACAAGGGGGAAUAUGAGUCGGAUGAGGACGAGGCUGCUAACUCCGACUCCGAUGAGGAGAUCGAAUACCCGGAUCGCGGCGAGUUGCUUGUCACUCGGGGAGUACUUAGCACACUAACCACUCCGGAGGAAACAGCCCAGCGGGAGACAAUCUUCCACACCCGAUGUACUAUACACGGGAAGGUUUGUGGGAUGAUCAUCGACAGUGGGUCUUGCACCAAUGUCGCGAGCGCGUACAUGGUAAAGAAGUUGGAACUACCCACUGAGAAGCACCCACACCCGUAUAAGCUUCAGUGGCUUAAUAAUACCGGGGAGAUAAAGGUGACCGAAAGGGUCAAGAUCCCGUUCAGCAUAGGUAAGUACCACGACGAGGUCAUCUGUGACGUCGUCCCUAUGCAAGCCGGCCACAUUCUGCUUGGUAGGCCUUGGCAAUUUGAUCGGGAGGUCAAACACAACGGUCGAGCAAACCAAUACUCUUUCGUAUACGACAAGCGAAAGGUUGUGCUCGCACCAUUGAGUCCAUCUCCAGUCCACGAGAUGCAGCUUAAACUAGCCAAGGAACCCGAACCGAAGAAAGGGAAUUUCUAUCUUAAGGCUAGUCAGGUGGUACGUGUUGUUCGUCAAGAACAUCCGGUGUUGCUCUUGGUCUUCAAAGAUCAAUUGAGCCUCCGUACGGAGACACCGUUGAGUCCCGUUAUUAGCCGACUAUUAGAGCGCUAUAGCGAUGUAUUUCCGGACGAGAUUCCGGUGGGACUACCACCUAUACGCGGGAUCGAGCAUCAGAUCGAUCUAGUGCUGGGAGCACCCUUGCCUAAUCGGCCCGCAUACCAGAUAAACCCCGAGGAAACCAAAGAGCUCGAGAAGCAGGUUCAAGAGCUUAUGAGUAAGGGUUACAUCCGAGAGUCCCUUAGUCCUUGUGUAGUUCCCGUACUACUUGUACCGAAAAAGGAUGGGACUUGGAGAAUGUGUGUGGAUUGCCGAGCAAUCAAUAACAUCACAGUUAAGUACCGGCAUCCCAUACCCCGACUUGAUGACAUGCUCGAUGAGCUAAGUGGAGCCACGAUCUUCUCAAAGAUCGAUCUUAAGAGUGGCUAUCAUCAAGUCCGGAUGAAAGAAGGCGACGGAUGGAAAACUGCCUUCAAGACCAAACAAGGUCUUUAUGAGUGGCUCGUCAUGCCAUUCGGGCUUACGAACGCCCCGAACACUUUCAUGCGGCUCAUGAACCAAGUUCUAAGAGGCUUUAUCGGAAAGUUCGUAGUGGUUUACUUCGACAAUAUUCUCAUCUAUAGUCAAGAUGAAAAAGACCAUAUCUCGCACUUAGAGCAAGUAAUGACCACCCUUCGGAAAGAAAGCCUCUAUGCAAACCUUAAGAAAUGCUCGUUCUGCACAAACGAGUUAGUUUUUCUAGGAUUCGUGGUCAGCUCUCAAGGGCUGCGAGUCGACGGUGAGAAGGUCAAGGCCAUUCAGGAGUGGCCGACACCAUCCACGAUCGGACAUGUACGAAGUUUUCUCGGCCUCGCUAGUUUCUAUCGUCGAUUUGUCUGGGAUUUCAGCAGUAUCGCUGCUCUCCUUACUGCAGUCACUAAGAAAGACGUGGUCUUUGAAUGGGGCGAGGCUCAAGAGCGCGCAUUCUCCGCUCUCAAGGAUAGCCUUACUACCGCACCGGUCUUAGUCCUUCUGAACUUUGACAAAACGUUUGAGAUAGAGUGCGAUGCCUCCGGGAUUGGCAUUGGUGCCGUCCUCAUGCAGGAGAAGAGGCCGGUGGCCUACUUUAGCGAGAAGCUCAGCGGAGCUACGCUAAACUAUCCGACCUACGACAAAGAGCUCUACGCUCUUGUGCGUGCUCUAGAGACUUGGCAGCAUUAUUUGCUUGCCAAAGAAUUUGUCGUGCAUUCGGAUCAUGAGACCCUUAAGCACCUCAAGGGACAGACCGCUCUUAAGCGUAGGCACACUAAGUGGCUUGAAUUCAUCGAGACUUUCCCGUACGUCAUUAAGUACAAGAAGGGAAAGGACAAUGUCGUCGCUGACGCAUUAUCUCGACGCCACACCCUGAUAUCGGUCAUGGAGACUCAGAUGUUUGGAUUCGAGUAA